AUGAGUCGAUCAGACCGAUACACGGAUGGCAUUCCUCGCAAUGGCGAAUACGACGAGGAUAGAGUCUCUUAUGGACAUCCUCGCAGCGCGAACAACAAGCCAUCGGCGUCUCUAUCUCUUGCUCUCAUUCUGUUCUUCAUCGUUGACAUCGCUGCCUUCCUCGUAAUCGCAAAGAUGCUUCUGAACGUCACUUCGACUUUCCAGAAUGAAGAUGAGAUGGAGUUCAGAAAUCCGUAUUUUGGCCUCGACGAACUUUACGCACAGCAUAGGAUCCAAAGCUCGGUUUACCCUAAAAUUGUCAACGAACCCAAGCUGGCGGCGCAAAUUAGUUCUGCUGAGCCUGACAAAAUAUUUCCAGUGGAUUUACAUCAGUGGUUGAGCGAUUUCGGGCGGCUUUCGCCUCCUGACCGCCGUUUGCAAGUCUCGAAGGAUAUCCACACCAUCAUACAGCACAACGUUCUGGAUUACGGGAUGGAAAAAUGCGCCAUCGCUAUUCGACUGCCCGCUCGCGGCGAUGCUUUACCUCACCCAUACACGUUGCCACCCGCUGGCGACACCGUACGACUUAGCAUCUGCGAACUCGAUGCCAAGCGGCCGCUGAAGGAGCACACACUCUCCUGGUCAAAGCGCCCACCCUGCGUUCGACAGCUUGUUCCCGUCGACGCGAAGAUCGGAGGAGAGGUCGAACUGGAACCGUUCGCCUGCAAGUCGGACUCUUAUCUGACGUAUCAGAUCUCCUGCGCUGAAGACUCGCCUGGGUGUAAUGUGGAUGUUUGGACGAAUCACAACCAGACCUGGGGAGUCUUCAUCAAUCAGUAUCAAACUUUGUAG